GUGAGUGAGUUAGUUCGUGUCGUUCGUUCUUACAAUUCCUGGAGAGAUGUCUGUGUUUGAUGAUUCGUUCGUUAUACUCGGAAACGAUGCAUCGGAGUCUGUUCCUCCGGUCUCAUCCUCCUUUGACACCACUACCGAAAACUCCUUCUCACCCUACGACGGCUCUGUCCACGUAGAUGACUCCACCGAUGAUGUUUUCACUGCGCCUUCUUCUGACUACGGCGGUUACUCAAACGGAGACGGAGUUUUCGGAUCCAACGGUGGUCACGACGGUCCUAUCUUGCCACCACCGUCAGAGAUGGAGUCUGAUGAGGGGACUGCUCUCAGGGAAUGGAGAAGAGAGAAUGCGAUUCAACUUGAGGAGAAGGAGAAGAGAGAAAAGGAGUUGAGGAACCAAAUAAUUGAGGAAGCUGAUCAGUUUAAAGAGGAUUUCCAUAAGAAGAGGGAGUUAACUUGUGAAAACAACAAAGCAGCUAACAGAGAGAAAGAAAAGCUCUAUGUGGAGACUCAAGAGAAGUUUUACGUGGAAGCGAGCAAGAACUACUGGAAGGCAAUAGCGGAGCUAGUACCUAAAGAGGUUCCAACUAUAGAGAAAAGAAGAGGGAAGAAGAAAGAGGAAGAUUCCAAGAAGCUUUCAGUCUCUGUGAUUCAAGGUCCAAAGCCUGGCAAGCCAACGGAUCUCUCAAGAAUGAGACAGAUAUUGCUGAAGCUCAAACAGAACCCGCCUGCUCACCCGCCUGCUCACCCGGCUGUUAUUACUGCUUGAUAAAACCCUAUUAUGUGAUUUGUUCUUUGCUUUGCUUUUAUCAUGUUUGAUGAUACUUGAUCACAUUCAUGUUUGAACUCCAACAAAAGAAAAAUUAAAAAGUGGUUAAAUACUUA